AUGGACCAUAAUCAGAUAUCAACGGAAGAGAAAAAGAGUGAGUUCUCGUUUCUCAGUAGCUAAUCUCUGAACAUUUUGAUUUCAGAAGCUGUUCUGCAUGUGCUCAACGUGCGGAUUUCAAUGCUAGAGCACUUUUCCGGCGAAUAUCAGAGGCAGUCAUUCGAUGAUCCCAACAAAAUCGACGUCCUUUUCGAUGCUCUCUGUCAGCCAGUCAGCAGUGGACGUCUGGAACACUUCGAGAGAGGCGUUUUUCUCGCAUUUCCUACGGUAUAAACGUAUUCCUUUCUCAGCAAUUUUUGACUUUUUUUAUAACACCGAGCUAAUGGACCGCAUGAACUGGUUCGACCUCUCCCAUUUCUCAUCAACACGUUUUCCAAUCUUGAACCAUUUUGCGGAUCUUCGAAAUCGGUCAAUUCCGCCCGGUUUUGAGCCAUUCCCUUCUGCUGCGAGCAUGUCAUUGACGUCUCCAACCCCAGUAAGACAACAUAUUAGAAUAUCAUUCAAUCAAAAGUGCACGCAGCUACAAAAUGUGUCUGGGAACGGGAUUACUACUGAUAGUUUCAAUCAUCCGAAUAAAACGAGAAUGCAUCUGGAUGAUAUCUCGGCCGGAAUUUUGAGCGAAUGGGAGAACAAUAAACAGAUUCAGAAGUGAGGCUACAUUAUGAUCUUUGAAACUCUAUUUUUGGAACAGACAUGCGCAACCAGUCACUUCGACUUUUGAGAAUCCACUGCCAUCUGAUCAGGUUGCUCAAAUGUGAGUUGCAUAGAUUUCUGGCCGGGUGCAAUGUGUUUUUACAGCGAAAAACAAUAUCAUCUGACUGAUUUCUUGUCGGAACAGUUGGAGGAGCAGGAGAAACUCGCUUUGACUGAAAAUGAAGCUCAAGAAAAGGUGGAUGAGCUUAAUAGAACUCUAAGAAAGAUUGUAGAACACCGCGAACUUGGGUUAAGUCGUGAGUGGUAAAAGACAUCAGGUCGUCAGUCAAAAUAAGGUUUUUAGAGUGGGCAGUUGAUUAUGUCGACAGUGCGAAAGAGUACUACACAGCCAUCGAACUCUAUUCGAAGAAUCUGGAACUCAAAGAACCACGUGAGCAAAUCAAUUGUUAUUAGUGUCAUUCAACUAUUUGUCAGUAUCCUUGGAGCUUGCCGUCGAAUGCUCAAAAAGAAGGAUUCGAGAGUUGACGACGGUAAGUAAACAUUUUUUAUCUGAUUGAAUCCAUUCCAGAGAUGGUUAAAGGGCCGAUCCAUCCUAGGCCGGCCUUUACUCAUUCCUAAUCCAUACAAAUUUUCAGGAAAACAAUCCAAACUCCCUUUCUCUAUUGCGAGCCUAUGCGUACGCAAUCGAAGGAAUUACCCCGUUAUUGGCCAGGGACAUCAAUGCCAUGAUGAGUUUCCAGAGCAAAAAAGAGCAAUUCGACCGGCUCGAACACUACUUUGCUCAACGAUUCGAACGGGAAAUGCUCAAUCUGAACUAA